GUCAAUCCUCUCUCUCUCUCUCUCUCUCUCUGUCUGUCUGUCUCGCAGCUUCUGCAAAUUUUGUAGCCGUUUCACCGUGAAGGAUAGGAGCUUAAAGUUUUGUUCUCUCUGCAUGCUUCUACUUUACCUUUCUUCGCCGCUUUUCUGACUUCCUCUGUUUCUUCGGCUCAAUUUCAUGGUGUUUUUGGGCUGCUUUUCUCUGUGAUCUUCUGGUGAUUUCGGCGAUGAGUGGACUAAUUCACGGGCUUGUAUUUGAUUCCGGUUUUGGACUUGAGGAUUUCUGUUCUAGUUAUGCAAGAAAUGUUUGAUUGGAACGAAGAAGAGCUUGCCAACAUAAUAUGGGGCGAGGCAGGUGCGAGUGAUGAUCAUAUUGUGCCUUAUCCAGAGGUAACUGCAGAUCUUGGAAACAAGAAAGAAUGGAACCAGGGAGCCAGUAGCAAUAAGCUCUCAGAGCAUAAGAGGCCAGAGGUUAAAAUUGAUGUUCAGCGCAGAAAGCUAGGAAGCACAUCGAAACUUCAUAAUAGUGGAGGACUACCUGCGUCAGGAUAUGACACUAACUCAUGGGCUGACUUGUCUUUAUCCAGUGCAGCUAAGACUGAUCAGGGUUCCCUGGGUACCGACGUAUCUAAAACUUUUAGUGAAAUUAGACAACUCAAUUCAUCAAGAGAAGAGACCGCUCAACUUGGAAAGGAUGUUGGAGUUUUCCAAAUUGCAAAUGAAGGUAAAGAACAAGGUGACUUUGGUGACUAUGGGUGGGGAAACAUAGGAAGCUUUGAUGACCUGAGCGAAUUUUCAGGUUAUGUAAAUUUGUUUUAUUAUUGUAUAUCUGAUAUAUGCAUUGUCUUCAUAGCACAUUAUUAUCACAAAUUUCUUUGACAAGGGUGUCAUUCUUUUUCCAAGUUACCAAAGUCUAUUUACCUUCCUCUAGAACGUUUUCCAUAAAGA